AUGCCGCCAUUCAACUUCACCAGCUUGGCUCCAGCAACAUUCAUCCUGGCUGGCAUCCCUGGCAUGGAGAAGUCAUAUAACUGGAUCUCCAUCCUGUUCUGCUCCAUGUAUCUUGCAGCCCUGCUAGGAAACAGUGUCCUGUUGUUUGUCAUAAGGACAGAGCGAAGCCUCCACAAGCCCGUGUACCUUUUCCUGUCCCUGCUGGCCGUUGCUGACCUAAUGCUGUCUACCACGACAGUGCCCAAGGUGCUGGCUCUAUUCUGGUUCAACGCUAGGGAAAUUUCCUUCGGUGCCUGCCUUACCCAGAUGUUCUUUCUGCAUUUCAGCUUCUCUGCAGAGUCUGUGGUCCUGGUGGCCAUGGCCUUCGAUCGGUAUGUAGCCAUCUGCUAUCCCUUGCAGUACACAGCUGUGCUUACACAAUCAACCAUCAUGAAAACUGGGCUGGUGGCUGUCAUGAGAAGUUUCUGCAUUAUUUUCCCCUGUAUAUUUCUUCUGAAAAGGCUGCCGUUCUGUGGGCACAACAUCAUCCAGCACACCUACUGCGAGCACAUGGGCAUAGCCCGGCUGGCCUGUGCUGACAUCUCCGUCAACAUCUUGUAUGGCCUAGCAGUGCCUUUCGCAGUGAUAGUGUUAGACGUAGUACUAAUUGGUGUCUCUUAUAUCCUGAUACUUCUGGCAUUAUUCAGACUCCCUUCUAGGACUGCCUGUCGCAAGGCUUUUGGCACCUGUGGCUCUCAUGUCUGUGUUAUAUUACUUUUUUACAUUCCUGCAUUUUUCACUGUUUUAACACAUCGCUUUGGUCACACGAUUCCCCAUCAUGUCCACAUCCUGCUGGCCAACCUGUAUGUACUCGUCCCCCCACUGCUGAACCCCAUCGUGUAUGGUGUGCGGACGAGGCAGAUAAAAGAGAAGGUUGUAAAAGUGUUCAGCCACUCCGCAAACCAUUUUCUGAGUGAAUGA